AAGAAGAAGAAGACCUCCAAAGUUAUUACCGGAAGUGUUUUUUUUCCAGGAUCACGCUGUUAAGGAAAGCUGCUGCUACUGCUGCCACAUUAGCCACAUCCUCCUGGACUCUGAAGUAAACCAGCAGACAUGAAAAAACAAGAUACAGAGGAGUGUGCCACUCAGGGCAGUGAGGAUUCUCCACCUGCAGCAGAAGGCAUGGAGUCGCCCACAGCUGCAAAAGACAGGUCGGACAGCAACAGCCCCAAAGAGUCUGAACCACUAACACCGCAGACGGACACACCUCCCCAGGGUGAAGAGGCAUCAAGUCAAGUCGCAGAAGCGGCACGGUCUCGGUGUGACAUGGCCGAGGAGCUGAGCCGUCAGCUCGAGGACAUCCUGAGCACAUACUGCCGGGAAGCCAGUGCCCUGCCAAAUGGCAAGUUGCGUAGCCCAGAGCUCAAUGGUCUGACUGGUGAUGACAAGGCAGAGGAGGGCAAAGUCAAUGGAGGUGACAAUGGGACGGAGAAGGAGCAAAAAAAGACUCAGGAGAAGAAGAAAGUGAAGGGUCUGGGUAAGGAAAUCACCCUCCUCAUGCAAACUCUCAACACCCUGAGCACACCAGAGGAGAAGCUUACAGGCCUCUGUAGGAAAUAUGCAGAACUGCUGGAAGAGCAUCGCAACACCCAGAAACAGAUGAGAGUGCUGCAGAAGAAGCAGAGCCAGCUGGUGCAGGAGAAAGACAAUCUGAGGAAUGAACACAGCAAGGCCAUCCUGGCCCGAAGCAAACUGGAGAGCCUCUGCAGGGAGCUGCAGAGACACAACCGCACGCUCAAGGAGGAAGGGAUGCAAAGAACGCGUCUGGAGGAGGAGAAAAGGAAGGAGGUGACCUCUCAUUUCCAGGUGACACUGAACGACAUCCAGACUCAGAUGGAGCAGCACAACGAAAGAAACGCCAGCCUCAGACAAGAGAACACAGAGCUGGCUGAGAAACUGAAGAAGCUGUAUGAGCAGUACAAGCUGCGGGAGGAGCACAUAGACAAAGUGGUGAAGCACAAAGACCUGCAGCAACAGCUGGUGGACGCCAAGCUGCACCAGGCUCAGGAGCUGCUGAAGGAGUCGGAGGAGCGCCAUGACAAAGAGAAAGACUUUCUCCUGAAAGAAGCCGUGGAGUCUCAAAGGAUGUGUGAGCUGAUGAAGCAGCAGGAAGUUCACCUCAAACAGCAGCUGUCGCUGUACACGGAGAAGUUUGAAGAGUUCCAGACCACUUUGUCCAAAAGCAACGAAGUCUUUACCACGUUCAAACAGGAGAUGGAGAAGAUGACCAAAAAGAUAAAGAAGCUGGAGAAGGAGACGGCCAUGUAUCGAUCCAGGUGGGAGAGCAGCAACAAGACACUUCUGGACAUGGCAGAGGAGAAAGCUUUGCGGGACCGGGAGUUUGAGGCACUUCAGGGUAAAGUCCAACGGCUGGAGAAGCUGCGGCGGGCGCUCAAAGUCGAACGGAAUGAGCUCAACAAGAAGGUCCAGAACCUUAGUGGUCAGCCGGGUGGCACCACAGGAGCCCCGACCUCAGACCCAGGGACCGACUCCCCCUCUCCACCACCUACAGACUCUCUGCCGGAGCCCAGUGCCUGUCCUGUCCUAGACACCACUCCCUGCUCCCACUCUUGCCACUGUGACCCAGAACAGGACACAAACGCCCUGCUGGAAGAGGCAAAAGUUCAGCCCGUCACCACGCAGGAGUGAAGUUAAAUCACUCAAAACGUCUCUCCCCCCCCCCCUCCCCCAGCAAAAAGCCACCAUCCUGCAAGUUGAUCCUCCUCCCCUAGAAGAAGCUGGUGUUAAAACUGGUCCAGGAGUAGAUCAGACGAGGACAGAUUUAACAUGUGUCCUCCUCGUGUCCUAUGCAGGCUUUCACAGCGAGAUGAGACGACUGUGCCUCAUCCGUCUGCACAUUUACAUGCACAUUACAAAUCAAUUACUGUGAAGUAAAAGGAGAAGUAAAAGGAGAUGUUAAUUUGCAAUACUGUAAGAGAAUCAACCACUAUAAUCAAGAUUUUCAUCAAGAAAGCUAAGCAGCCUAAAGGAAACCGCUUACCUGCAUAGCAGAGACGGGGCCAAGGAACAAAUCAUACUCAUUCUGUUGUAUACAUAUCGGUGAAAUUAAAAAAUCAAAUAAAACAUUAACCAGCUGUCUAAUACUUACCUCAUCUCAACCCUUAAGGCCUUUGUACGUCAACAGCGACACAAAGAAAUGGCAUAUAUCUUGCAUAUAUGCACAUUUUUAAUAUACAUAUAUAUGUAUAUGUAUGUGUAUAUAUGUAUGUAUAUGUGUGUGUGUAUAUAUAUAUACACAUACAUACACACACACGUACUGAGAAGUAUAAAUGUGCUGUACAAAGGCCUUUUAUGUUGCCUUGGCAUUAACAGGUUAUUAGUGUGUAUGUAACUGUUAGGACUGUUUUGCUACACAUUCCCUUGUUUUUGACUUAGAGCAGAAGUGCGUGACGAGACCAAUAAAAGUGCUGCUUGGGAAGACACAAGCCCACCAGGUCAAUGCCAAGAGGAGUCGUUACACAUUGAAAGGCUUGUGUAUUUGUUUGUGUCAUAUUUGUGACAAAAAUGCUGGGAAGACCACAACACUGAGCGAAACGUACCAAUAUUUGUUUCCUCUCACAUUAUCAUAUCUUUCUUAUAAAUCUUUUUUUUUUCGAGGAAAAAAAUGGGAAUUUUCAUUUUCUGUUUUUCACACAGUUGUGAUGUAUUGUGUUAUUGUUAUAGACUAUAUUGCGUGUCCAACUCUUCAUUUCCAACACUUUUGGGUUCUUUUCCUUUUAGUUUUAUGCAUUUUUUCCCCCCAGUCUUACCACCAGAGACUCGGUUAAAUUAACGCUUGUGUUUUGGAGUGUAUGCUGUAAGACCAUCUCCUGGCCAUUGUAAUAGCAGUAGCUUGUAAUCAGGUUCUAACAACGAAUGUUGAAGGUCCUCUAUGCAAUGCUUUGCCUCUUGGUUUUUAUUCAGAACUGGCAAACCGUCUAAGAAUGUAUAUUCAUUACACCCACUGUCCUGCAUGGAUGUACUGUAUAAACAGAAAAUGCUAUAUCACAGAACCCUGCUUGUUGAGCGACAGAUGUUUUCAAAAGACAUCUGAGCAACAUGGAAAUAAGAAGGAAAGAAUUGUAGUUUCACUCCCAAACACACCAAUCUCUCUUCUCUUAUGUAAUAUGUAGCACUAACGACAAGGCGAUAACUGAGGGAUUUAGUAGUUUAAAACUUAAAUAGAAAUGGUCGUUCGCAAGGACAGAUUUGUUGUAUCUCCAGUCUCGUGGGAAAUGGAGGUUCACAGUCCAUGAGAUGGAACCAAAGACGCCUCCUGAUUUGUCAUUUGCAGUACUUUUAUCUGGCUGUGUAUAUUUUGUUUCUUGUUAAAUAAAAGAUGUAAGAGUGUA